ACUGUCAGCGUAAUUCUUUGUACUUAGUAAUAGGAGGGCAACGUGCUUUCAGUGCACCAAGAAAGUUUAUACUGGACACUCUUCCUGAGUGAAGAUUCUGCAGGAUGAGCCCUCAGAGAGGCAGAAGCAGGGUUGCUGGUGUCCCGGUCUGCAGUCCCUCCAGGAAGCCCUGCUUACCCCUUCUUGCCCUCCUCCUCCUCGCUCCGACCAUGAGUGACUGUAAAACGGUCAGAUACUCCACGUACGAGGAGCAGGAGCCCGGCACCGUGAUCGGAAACCUGGCCAGCGAUCUGCAGCUGGAGGCGGCCGGGGGCCAGAGCGGUUUCCGACUGAUGCCCGAGUAUAACGGCUCGGUGCCGGUGAGGGUCGGGGAAAGGGACGGGCAGCUGACGGUAGGAAGCCGCAUUGACCGGGAGCAGCUUUGCGAGGAGCAGGAUCCGUGCCUGCUGCUCCUGGAUGUGGUGAGCUUCUCCCGGGACAAGUUCCUCCUGAUCCACGUGGAGAUCCAAGUGCAGGACAUUAAUGACCAUCGCCCCGAGUUCCCGCAGCCCGAGAUCGAGCUGGAAAUCUCCGAGAGCUCAGCGCCGGGGACCCGGAUCCCUCUCCCCGCGGCUCUAGACGCCGACACCGGCUCCUACUCGGUGCGGGGCUACGAGCUCUCGGUGAACGGUCACUUGGAGCUGGAGCUGCCGGGCGGUGCAGGCAGCGGCGGGGCCCAGCAGCCGGUACCGGCACCGACGCUGCUGUUGGUGAAGCCUCUUGACCGGGAGAGCGAGGCCGAGCUCAGCCUGAAGCUGAGAGCCCGGGACGGGGGCAAUCCACCUCGGAGCGGGGAGGCGCGGCUCCGGGUGCGGGUCCUCGAUGAGAACGAUAACGCUCCGGCCUUUGGCAGCGGCUCCUUGGAGCUGGAGCUGCGGGAGGACACGGCCCCGGGUUCGCUGCUGCUGCAACUCGAGGCCCGGGACCCGGACCAAGGCCUAAACGGCGAGCUCCGGUUCGCCUUCAGCCCGAGGGUCGGGGCGGGCGCUCGGCGCCUCUUCCGCCUGGAGCCGCGCUCCGGCCGCUUGAGCCUGAACGCGCCGCUCGACCACGAGGCGCGCGCCCGCUUCGAGCUGGAGGUGGAGGCGCGCGACCGCGGCGCCCGGCCGCGCGCCUCCAGCUGCCGGGUGGUGGUGCGCGUGCUCGACGUCAACGACAACGCGCCCGAGAUCCGCGUGAGCGCGCUCGGUGGCGGUCCGGAGGCCGGAGAGGCCUCGGGCCUCGCGUCCAUCACCGAGGCGGCGGAACCGGGUAGUUUCGUGGCGCUGGUGAGUGUGUGGGACCGGGAUUCAGGAGCUAACGGCCGCCUCUCGGUAUCGCUGCUCGGGCCCCGCGAGUUACGCUUACGGCCGGCUUAUGGCCUUAACCACUACAUGAUCGUGACGGCGGAACGGCUCGACCGGGAGCGGGACACCGGGUAUAACGUGACGCUGGUGGCCGAGGACCAAGGCCCGGAUCCCCGCCGGACGGUCAGGCCUCUCACCGUCACCGUCACCGAUGUGAACGACAACGCGCCCGCCUUCCCCCGCCCCGUCUACCGCCUGUCGCUGGCGGAGAAUAACCUGCCCGGGGCCCAGCUCGGUACCGUCCGGGCCCGUGACCCUGACCUUGGGCCUAACGGCCGCCUCACUUACCGCCUGCUGCAGCCGCACGAGGGGCCGGCGCCGGGGCCUGGGCUGCAGCCUCCGGCCGUCGCUGUGGAGCCUCACACCGGCUCCUUGUACGCGCUCCGCUCCUUGGACCGUGAGGAGCUGCCCGAGCUCGAGCUGCUGCUGCAGGCGACAGACGCCGGUUCCCCGCCGCUCAGCGGCUCCACCACCGUCCGCCUGGUCAUUACCGACCGGAACGACAACGCUCCGCUCAUCACCCACCCGCCGCCGCCGCCGCCGCCGCCUCCCGGGAACCGCUCGGCCGCUCCCGCUCCCGCCAAGGUGGCGCUGCCCGGGGGCGCGCCCCGCGGUUACCUGGCGGCGCGCGUGCGGGCCCAGGACGCGGACGAGGGGCCGAACGGCCGCCUCAGUUACCGGAUCGUGAGCGGGGAGCCGCCCGGGCUCUUCACCAUCCGCCCCGACACCGGGGACGUGUACCUGGGCCGCCCGCUCUCCGCGUCCCCCGCCGGCACCGGGCCCGGGGCCUUCAGCCUGGUCGUGGCCGUCAGUGACGGCGGCCUGCCCCCGCUGUCCUCCACCGUCACCGUCAGCUUCACGGCCGGGCCCGGGCCUCAGCCUCGGCCCGCUCCUGCUCCCUCCGGCUCCCCGGGGCCGGCACAGUGGAGCUGGGACACCUCCUUCACCGUCAUCGCGGUGCUGGCCGCGGGCUGCGUGGCCUUGCUGCUGGCCAUCGUCGGUAUCGCCUCGACCUGCGGCACCGGAGACAAGGGCCGGGGAGGGCGGCCGCCCCAAGCCUUGGACCCCCAGCCGGACGCUGACCGUCCCCCGUCCCCGGGCGGGCUGCACAGUGACGGAGCUUCGGAAGAGGCGAGGAAAGGAGUGUCUCUCCUGGAAACACAGCAUCGACUCACCGGCAACACUGAGGAGGGCUUUAUGCCAGAGCCUGAUGUCAAUCAUGGAGCUUUUUGUACAGUUGCCUUUCAUCAAAAUAUCAAGGCCCACGUGUGUCCUGGACAGGAUGUGUUCAGUGGAAAAGACAGUGGGAAAGGAGAUAGUGAUUUCAAUGAUAGUGAUUCUGACAUAAGUGGUGAUGGAUCAAGAAAAGGACAUACAGUAAUUGAUCAAAGACAGAAUGGUGUGUUCCCCUGUCAUAAGAAAAGCCAAACGCCUUGCAGUUCUGAACCCCAUUACAACUUCACGUCUCAAAUGACAGAAUGUGGAAAAUUCUCCUCUUGCUCAAAACAGAGCUAUGUGGUUGCUUAUUCUUCAAUACCUGCAACGUUACUGCAUUCAUCUAGUGGUGAAGUCUCUUCCGUUCUACAGGAUCAGCCAUUAAAAUAUACUCAGCAGCAUGGCCACGUAACAAGGUCGGAACCUCAAACUUCUGAAAGUGUGUUGUCUAGAGAAUCUGGAAGGACAGGACCCUCACUUCACCCAUCUGUGAUACAGAGACCUAUUAAAACAACUUCAUCAGCAUAUAAUGCUUCUGGUCAAAGAUACCAAACCAGUUAUCUUAAUACAGCCCUCUCUGAAGUGGCUACUUCUUUUUGAACUCACAAAUAAACCCUGUGUCAUUGUUCAAUUUGACGGCAAUAAUUGCCAAUAUACGUGCAAUAUAUUCACUUCUGUCUGAGCCUACUUUUUAAAAAAUGUCUUUUGGAUAAGAAGCUAUGAUGCUGCUUGGCCUGCUGUAUUCAUCCAGCUCCACACUUUGUUAUCCAUGACCUCAUGUAAGCUCUAAUGGAAUGUUUACAAUUAGUUUUCAUAUUUGUUUUGCAGUUUAGCUCCAUUUUAAAACACUCGCAUGAACUCUCAAACAUAGUCCUAUUCAAACUAGUGAUAAGAAGAGUAGACUUAUCAACGUGACAUGAUUUUCAACUUUUAAAAUUUUUACUCUAGCCAAAAAUGAAACCUAAUCCGCUGUGCCUACUCCGAAUAUGGCAUGAUUAGGUUACCUCCUUCAUUUAAGUUAGAAAUAUUCCAAUAGAAUUUUAUGAACAGAAGUAGUGUGCAAUUUGUGGUUACUGCUAUGUAUCUUAAGGUAAAUUGUUUACAGUAGGAGAGACUAGAUUUAGCUACACAAACAACUUAUGGAAAAUUGCACUUCCCUUUUUUUUAAAAUAAAGUAGAAAGUAGCAACCCUAUACUAUUAUGUAUUUAUGAUUCAACAUAUUGUUCUAUAAAAUGGUUUCACUGGACAGUAACAAGAUUUUUGCCCAAAAUGUGGGUGUAGGGAACAAAUCAGCCAUACAAGGUUAUACUUUUUUUUUUUCUCCUAAGCAUUCUAUCCAAGGGAACCAAAAUGUAGAAAAGUUAUUUUAAGAAAAUUGGGCAAAGGCUAUGCUGAAUAAUUUCUUGAAAAAGAAAAAUCAUUAAAUACCCACAAAAAACUCUAGUUCAUUCCAGACUAGUCACAAUUAUGACAUUGCUAGUGUAUCAAAUAGUAGCAGGAUAAGGCCAUUUGAACUCUAAGCAUGCUUGGUUUACAAUUCUGGCAGGAUUUGUCCCCAUCUCUGUCCUAAAUGUGCAACCUCUUUAUUUUUUCCUGAGACUAAAACCUAGUUUCAAAUUUCACAGUUGUGAUAAACACCCUUUUUCAGCACCCGCUUAAUGGUCAUGGUAAAGAAUGUUCAUUUCAGUUGGAUAGCUGUCAUUCUUACAAAUUUUGAGGGGAAGAGAGGACACGUGUGCACUCAUAUACAGUCUUUGUUCUUGGGUAUCAUUAUGGCAAAGUACUGAAUGGUAACUGUUAGGCUUAAUUGUGUAAACUUCUUUGGUGAGGAAGAGAGUAACUUUAUAAUAUUUUUCUACAGAAUUGUUCCUUGUUUUCUGAGGAAUUUUUCAGCAAUGUUUGUUUACUCUAAAAGUACAAUUAAAGUUUUGUUUUCUUUUUAAA